AUGGCCAGUUCAUCUGUGUCCACCGUACCCCUGGGCCCCCCGUGCCUGCGCCCCUUCACCCGGGAGUCCCUGGCAGCCAUAGAGCAGCGGGCGGUGGAGGAGGAGGCCAGGCUGCUGCGGAAUAAGCAGAUGGAGGUUGAUGAGCCCGAACGGAAGCCGCGCAGCGACCUGGAAGCCGGCAAGAACCUGCCCCUUAUCUUUGGGGACCCCCCACCAGAAGUCAUCGGCAUUCCUCUGGAGGACAUAGACCCCUACUACAGUGACAAGAAGACCUUCAUCGUGCUCAACAAGGGCAAGGCCAUCUUCCGCUUCUCCGCCACGCCUGCCCUCUACGUGCUGAGCCCUUUCAGCAUCGUCAGGCGAGGCGCCAUCAAGGUGCUCAUCCACUCGCUAUUCAGCAUGUUCAUCAUGAUCACCAUCUUGACCAACUGUGUGUUCAUGACCAUGAGUGACCCGCCUCCCUGGUCCAAGAAUGUGGAGUACACCUUCACAGGGAUCUAUACCUUUGAGUCCCUCAUCAAGAUGCUGGCCCGAGGCUUCUGCAUCGACGACUUCACAUUCCUCCGGGACCCCUGGAACUGGCUGGACUUCAGCGUCAUUUUGAUGGCGUAUGUGACAGAGUUUGUGGACUUGGGAAACAUCUCAGCACUGAGGACCUUCCGGGUGCUUCGGGCCCUGAAAACCAUCACGGUCAUCCCAGGGCUGAAGACAAUUGUCGGGGCGCUGAUCCAGUCGGUGAAAAAGCUGUCGGACGUGAUGAUCCUCACCGUUUUCUGCCUGAGCGUCUUUGCCCUGGUGGGACUGCAGCUGUUCAUGGGAAACCUGCGGCAGAAGUGCGUCCGCUGGCCCCCUCCCUUCAAUGACACCAAUGCCACGUGGUACGGCAACGACACGUGGUACGGCAACGACACGUGGUACGGCAACGACACGUGGUACGGCAACGACACGUGGAACAGCCCCGACAGCUGGGCCAGCAACUAUACCUUUGACUGGGACGCCUACAUCAAUGAUGAAGGGAACUACUAUUUCCUGGAGGGUGCCCUCGAUGCUCUGCUCUGUGGGAACAGCAGUGACGCUGGGCACUGCCCCGAGGGUUAUGAGUGCAUGAAGGCCGGGCGCAACCCCAACUAUGGCUACACCAGCUACGACACCUUCAGCUGGGCCUUCCUGGCCCUCUUCCGCCUCAUGACACAGGAUUACUGGGAGAACCUCUUCCAGCUGACUCUCCGAGCAGCCGGCAAGACCUACAUGAUCUUCUUCGUGGUCAUCAUCUUCCUGGGCUCCUUCUAUCUCAUCAAUCUGAUCCUGGCAGUGGUGGCCAUGGCGUAUGCUGAGCAGAACGAGGCCACCUUAGCCGAAGAUCAGGAGAAAGAGGAGGAGUUUCAGCAGAUGCUUGAGAAAUUCAAAAAGCAACAGGAGGAGCUGGAGAAGGCCAAGGCCGCGCAGGCUCUGGAAGGUGGGGAGGCAGAUGGAGACCUGGCUCCUGGCAAAGACUGCAAUGGCAGCCUGGACACGUCUGGGGAGAAGGGGCCGCCGAGACCGAGCUGCAGUGCAGACAGCGCCAUCUCAGAUGCUAUGGAAGAGCUGGAAGAGGCCCACCAGAAGUGCCCGCCGUGGUGGUACAAGUGCGCGCACACGGUGCUCAUAUGGAACUGCUGCGCGCCCUGGGUGAAGUUCAAACGCAUCGUCUACCUGAUCGUCAUGGACCCCUUCGUGGACCUGGGCAUCACCAUCUGCAUCGUGCUCAACACGCUCUUCAUGGCCAUGGAGCACUACCCCAUGACAGAGCAGUUCGACAACGUGCUCUCCGUGGGCAACCUGGUCUUCACGGGCAUCUUCACCGCGGAGAUGGUGCUGAAGCUGAUCGCCUUGGACCCCUACCAGUAUUUCCAGCAGGGCUGGAACAUCUUCGACAGUAUCAUUGUCACCCUCAGCCUGGUGGAGCUGGGCCUGGCCAACGUGCAGGGGCUGUCUGUGCUCCGCUCCUUCCGCCUGCUCCGGGUCUUCAAAUUGGCUAAGUCCUGGCCCACGCUCAACAUGCUCAUCAAGAUCAUCGGCAACUCAGUGGGGGCCCUGGGCAACCUGACACUGGUGCUGGCCAUCAUCGUGUUCAUCUUCGCCGUGGUGGGCAUGCAGCUGUUCGGCAAGAGCUACAAGGAGUGCGUGUGUAAGAUCGCCGCGGACUGCAGCCUGCCCCGCUGGCACAUGCAUGACUUCUUCCACUCCUUCCUCAUCGUCUUCCGCAUCCUGUGCGGGGAGUGGAUCGAGACCAUGUGGGACUGCAUGGAGGUGGCUGGCCAGGCCAUGUGCCUCACCGUCUUCCUCAUGGUCAUGGUCAUCGGCAACCUGGUGGUCCUGAACCUGUUCCUGGCCCUCCUGCUGAGCUCCUUCAGCGCCGACAGCCUGGCAGCCUCAGAUGAGGACGGGGAGAUGAACAACCUUCAGAUAGCCAUCGGGCGUAUCAAGUGGGGCAUCGGCUUUGCGAAGGCCUUCCUCUUGGGGCUGUUGCAUGGCAAGGUCCUGAGCCCCAAGGAGAUAAUGCUCAGCCUCGGGGAGCCCGGGGGCACUGGAGAGGCUGGAGAGGUGGGGGAGAGUGCCCCCGAGGACGAGAAGAAGGAGCCGCCCCCGGAGGAAGGGGACAAGGAUCUGAAGAAGGACGACCACAUCCUGAACCACGUGGGCCUGGCCGACGGCCCGCCCUCCACCAUCGAGCUGGACCACCUCAAUUUCAUCAACAACCCCUACCUGACCAUCCAGGUGCCCAUUGCCUCCGAGGAGUCCGACCUGGAGAUGCCCACCGAGGAGGAAACGGACACAUUUUCGGAGCCUGAGGAUGGCAAGAAGCUGCCGCAGCCCCUCUACGAUGGGAACUCCUCCGUCUGCAGCACUGCUGACUACAAGCCCCCCGAGGAGGACCCCGAGGAGCAGGCCGAGGAGAACCCUGAGGGGGAGCAGCCUGAGGAGUGCUUCACCGAAGCCUGUGUGCAGCGCUUCCCUUGUCUCUACGUGGACACCUCCCAGGGCCGAGGGAAGACGUGGUGGACUCUCCGCAGGGCCUGCUUCAAGAUUGUUGAGCACAACUGGUUUGAGACUUUCAUUGUCUUCAUGAUCCUGCUCAGCAGCGGGGCCCUGGCCUUUGAAGACAUCUACAUCGAGCAGCGGCGUGUCAUCCGCACCAUCCUGGAGUACGCGGAUAAGGUCUUCACCUACAUUUUCAUCGUGGAGAUGCUGCUCAAGUGGGUGGCGUACGGCUUCAAGGUGUACUUCACCAACGCCUGGUGCUGGCUGGACUUCCUCAUCGUGGACGUCUCCAUCAUCAGCCUGGUAGCCAACUGGCUGGGCUACUCCGAGCUGGGACCCAUCAAAUCCCUGAGAACGCUGCGGGCGCUGCGUCCCUUGAGGGCACUGUCUCGAUUCGAGGGCAUGAGGGUGGUGGUGAACGCGCUGCUGGGAGCCAUCCCCUCCAUCAUGAACGUGCUGCUCGUCUGCCUCAUCUUCUGGCUCAUCUUCAGUAUCAUGGGCGUCAACUUGUUUGCUGGGAAGUUCUACUACUGCAUCAACACCACCACCUCCGAGAGGUUCGAGAUCUCGGAGGUCAACAACAAGUCCGACUGCGAGAGCCUCAUGCACACCGGCCAGGUCCGCUGGCUCAACGUCAAGGUCAACUAUGACAACGUCGGUCUGGGCUACCUCUCCCUCCUUCAGGUGGCCACCUUCAAGGGCUGGAUGGACAUCAUGUACGCAGCCGUGGACUCCCGGGAGCAGGAGGAGCAGCCGCAGUACGAGGUGAACCUCUACAUGUACCUCUACUUCGUCAUCUUCAUCAUCUUUGGGUCCUUCUUCACCCUCAACCUCUUCAUCGGCGUCAUCAUCGACAACUUCAACCAGCAGAAGAAGAAGUUUGGAGGAAAAGACAUCUUCAUGACAGAGGAACAGAAGAAAUACUACAAUGCCAUGAAGAAGCUGGGCUCCAAGAAGCCCCAGAAGCCGAUUCCACGGCCCCAGAACAAGAUCCAGGGCUUGGUGUAUGACUUCGUGACAAAACAGGUAUUUGACAUCACCAUCAUGAUCCUCAUCUGCCUCAACAUGGUCACCAUGAUGGUGGAGACGGAUGACCAGAGCCAGCUCAAAGUGGACAUCCUGUACAACAUCAACAUGAUCUUCAUCAUCAUCUUCACGGGGGAGUGUGUGCUCAAGAUGUUCGCCCUGCGCCAGUACUACUUCACUGUCGGCUGGAACAUCUUCGACUUCGUGGUGGUCAUCCUGUCCAUUGUGGGCCUGGCGCUCUCUGACCUGAUCCAGAAAUACUUCGUGUCACCCACGCUGUUCCGUGUGAUCCGCUUGGCGCGGAUCGGGCGCGUCCUGCGGCUGAUCCGCGGGGCCAAGGGCAUCCGGACGCUGCUCUUCGCCCUCAUGAUGUCCCUGCCCGCCCUCUUCAACAUCGGCCUGCUGCUCUUCCUGGUCAUGUUCAUCUACUCCAUCUUCGGCAUGUCCAACUUUGCCUACGUCAAGAAGGAGUCGGGCAUUGACGACAUGUUCAACUUUGAGACGUUUGGCAACAGCAUCAUCUGCCUCUUUGAGAUCACCACCUCGGCGGGCUGGGACGGGCUGCUGAACCCCAUCCUCAACAGCGGGCCCCCAGACUGCGACCCCACGCUGGAGAACCCUGGCACCAGCAUCAAGGGCGACUGCGGCAACCCAUCCAUCGGCAUCUGCUUCUUCUGCAGCUACAUCAUCAUCUCCUUCCUCAUCGUGGUCAACAUGUACAUCGCCAUCAUCCUGGAGAACUUCAACGUGGCCACCGAGGAGAGCAGUGAGCCCCUGGGCGAGGACGACUUCGAGAUGUUCUAUGAGACGUGGGAGAAGUUUGACCCCGACGCCACGCAGUUCAUUGACUACAGCCGCCUCUCUGACUUUGUGGACACCCUGCAGGAACCGCUGAAAAUUGCCAAGCCCAACAAAAUCAAGCUCAUCACUCUGGACCUGCCCAUGGUGCCGGGGGACAAGAUCCACUGCCUGGACAUCCUCUUUGCCCUGACGAAGGAGGUGCUGGGUGACUCUGGGGAAAUGGAUGCGCUCAAGCAGACCAUGGAGGAGAAGUUCAUGGCCGCCAACCCCUCUAAGGUCUCCUACGAGCCCAUCACCACCACCCUGAAGAGGAAGCACGAGGAGGUGUGCGCCAUCAAGAUCCAGAGAGCCUACCGCCGGCACCUGCUACAGCGCUCCGUGAAGCAGGCGUCCUACAUGUACCGCCACAGCCAGGACGGCAGUGGGGACGGAGCCCCUGAGAAGGAGGGGCUCAUCGCCAACGCCAUGAGCCAGAUGUACGGCCCUGGCAGUGGGAAGAGCGGCGUGCAGAGCCAGGGGCAGGAGGAGGGCUCCACGGCGGACCCCGGACCGGCCAUGGGGCUCACGCCCAUCACCCCCUCAGACGCCACCCUGCCUCCCUCCCCACCACCAGGGCAGACGGUGCGCCCAGGGGUCAAAGAGUCUCUGGUCUAGCAGGCGGCUGACAAGGUGGCCAGCUGAGCCUCUGCACAGGUCCAAAGCUUCCCGAGCGCCUGCGUGCUGGCUGAGGGAGCAGGGCUUUGAGUCUGGGACUACAUCCGCUCCCCGGUGGGGGGCGGGAGCUGGCCGUGCUGGCUGGGUCUGACACCCAGGCCUUGAGCGUGGGAAUUGCACUCAGGGACCCGAGCUGGGCUGACGCCCCUGCCUCCGUGGUUUCAUCUUCGGGUUGCUCUGACCUCCUCAGGGGCCCUGCUGCCCCUCCUCUUGGCCUGAGAGAGGUCAGAACACGAGGAUCUCUGCCCCCUAGGUAGGGAUGAGCCAGCCUACAAUGGAGGCUUGGCCGCCCUCCUGUCACCAGAGUCUUAAGGGCUACUGCCCUCUCCCCCAGGAAGUGGCCCAAGGCCCCCAGCUCCAGGCCAGACAUCUUCACCUCAGCAAGUACAGACAGCCGGCCUCUGGACUCAGCCAGCCUCCCCGCUCACUCCUACCUGCUCAGGAGUUCCCUGGAGAAGGGAGGUGUUACUGGUCCAGAAAUUGCUCCACAAACUUGAUUGGCUACUGGAUCUUGGGCUGGUGCUGACUCCUGAAACCUCCUCCUGGGCCAUGUCUAGGCCCAUGGAUAGAGCCCCCGACUGACCCCGGCAGAGGAGCAGAGGGAAGGGUUCCACUCGGAAAGUACCUUUCCUGUGAAGCAGGGGUGUGAGAUACAGGCUAGGCCCUGCCGGCUGUGUGGCUACACCUGGCCUGGGUAAAUCAGGGAUCCUGACGCUGAUAGGAAGAUCCCGUGCGUUCCCUUCUUGUCUGCUCCUGCCUUCGUUAGACCAUCAGGGCUCCUUGCAGCCCCAUCCACCCUCAGCCCCAUGUCACGUUUUCCCCUGCCUAUCUCUUCAUGCCUACGCAUCCUUCUCGCUUAACGUGAGCCUGAGAAUGUUCUAGAGGAGCUCAUGUGACAGGGGUGGACGCUGGGGUGUGCAGCAGACAUGGCUCGCCUGGUUUGGGCUCCACCUUCCAACUGCCUGCUGCCUGGCACCGCUGACCUGGACAUGGUGACAUCAGUCUUUGCUCCUGGAGAACAGAGGCCCAACUGGGAGGGUCUGAGAGUCCUCCUCAGGGGCCUGUGGGUUCUGUCACCUGUGUGUGUGUGGCUGUGUGUCUGCCUGUAGGCCUGAGUAGACAGCUGUAUGUGUGUUCAAGUUCAUGCUGUGUGUAUGAACCAUUGUAGUGUCUGUGGAAGCAUGUGUGUGCCUGGGUAUCUUCGUAUCUGUGUGUGUCAGCGUGCCCCGGAGCGUCUGCAGUCUGUGUGAGUGUGGCUGGUGAGUGUGUGAGUGUGCACAUGUGUGUGUGUCUUCUGUGUCAGCCUGUUCAUGUGGGUGUGCCUGUAUCUGAGAGAACAGACCCGUGCCCUGAAGGUGUGGGUGAGUGUGACGUGUGUGGUAAGGCUUGUGCCUUGAGUCUCCUGUUGGCCUAAGUCCCUCUUCUUUUUCUUCUUGUUUCUCGUGAAUGUUUGAUUAAAACUCAGGAAGCAGCAAAACCCUCCAAACAAGAUGUGUACGUGCACGUGUACGAAUGUGUGCACAUGCACACGUGCCCGCGGGCCAGAGCCUUCCUUCCUGUCUGCCCUGUUCUCUUGCCCCUCCAGGUCCUGCCUUGGGAUCCCUCUCCCCUCCUCCUACAAGCUUCUCUCUUCCCAUUCCUGUUUCUAGUCAUCAUGCCUGCUCCCUGCUCCCUGUCUAUGGAGGGACGCCUCAGCGCCUUCCAUCUUGUCCUGCCGUGACUCUGUCUCCCCCUGUGAAAGGUACCUGUGCCGCCCCCUUCCCAGCCCUCUGCCCCUCUGGCAUGGACCCCAGAGCCUUGGGAACCUGUUGGAUUGGAUGUUCUCCGUCCACUGCAGAGGAAGAGCAGACAGGCAGGGCCUGGCUUCUCCCUGCCUGUGGAACCUCUUCCCUGCACACUAAAACACCCAUUCCUACCUCGGCCAGGUGGGAACCAGCCUGGAGCCAGGCUGGAAGACGAGGUUCUUUGUACAGUUCUUAAAUAAACCCUCCCCUGGUGCCUCAGAA